AUGAAUAUAACUUUUGCAACAAUUCAUAGCAUGGUGCAGCUACCAUCCAUGGAUGCAAGAAUUACUCCGCCUCCCGAGGAGCUAAACAUUGCUAUCCCUAAGCUACAAACAUGUCCUAUUAUCCCACCUUCACCUCAAUCCCUUCCGGAUACACCACACCCAGACACACCGUCAAUUUGCAGUCCUUCUUCACGAAGGAGACGUCGACGCUCUUCCAGCUCCAAAAGCCGUCCUACACGAGAGAGUGUGAAUCAACAGCCCUAUACCAACUUUCGUCUUAUCUUUUCGCCCAGACCUUUUGAAAGUCUCUAUACAGACCGAGUGUAUCUUACUUCCUGUCUACAGCAGCAGGCUGGCCGAGCUGCAGAUCUCAUGAGACAAUAUUGCGCCGUGGAACUGCAGCUUCAGAGCCUUUUGGGUGACAAUGGUCGGCGAAAGCUGAGAAAGCAGUUGGCUCUGCUGAAGUCUAAGGUCAACCAGGCCGCUGAACAGGAGAAGGCUAUCUUCUCCCGCCUUGGUGAACUGUAUGUUGAAAUCCAGAGCCGAGAGACUUGGGCACAGAGAUGGACUCUCGAAAGCCCUAGUGUCGCAUCGUCCGUCUGCUUCAGUCCCGUUCCCUACGGCUUUACCACUCCAUUGACACCCCUGAGCGGCACUUCCGAACACUUUGCCCCCAUGGGUUACUUUGGCGAUGUGCACCAGGUCUAUGAACCACCAUACAUUCGCCAGGAGCCGACCUCGUGUGGACUGGAAACCGUCGAAGAGGCCGCAGAGGAUCUCUUUGGUCCUGAAUCUAGCUGUGAUAGCGCCGAGUCCGAGACCACCCCAGCAACUCCAACUGAUGUUGUGGCACCCUUCGUUCAGGAGAAGGACUAUGGCUCUGAACUUGGAGAGGAGUUGAGUGAUGAGCGAUUUGUUGCGCUUAGGGAGAGACGGCUUAGUCUUCCCUGUCUUCGUAAUGCUUGGCCUGAGGUUUAG